CUCAGAUCGCUCAGAUUCGUCGUUGGAAAAUCGCUUCAUUCCCGCCAUUACGUGCUUUUUCUGCCGUGUAGCAAGUUGAUUACCGGAGGAAGGCACGAUGACGGACACCCAGUAUUCAAAUUACCAACAACAGGGGUACAAUCAGUACAGUCAGCCACCACCUUCUGGUGGUCAGGAUACUUCGUAUCCACCACCUUCUAGCGGUGGGGGGGGGGGGUUUAAUCAAUAUAGUCAACCACCACCAAAUAGUGGAAGCAAUUAUGGCAGUUACAACAGUUACAAUUCCAGCGGUGGCCCAGACUACAAUCCAUCAAGUCAAAACAGUUACAACCAGAACAGUUACGGCAGUGGAGGUUCUGGAAGUAACAGUGGUGGCAGUAGCAAUUAUGGUGGCAGUUAUGGACAUGGAGGUGGAGGCAGUGGAGGCUAUAAUCGUAAUAGUUCAGGAGGCUAUGGUGGAGGUCAAGGAGGAGGUGGUGGCAAUAGAUAUGGCGAUCGUGGGGGAUACAGUGACCGCUCUGGCGGUAGCUACAACAGUGGCGGUGGCCGUGGUGGUUAUAACAAAGGCUACGGUGACCGCGGUGGUGGCAACGAUGGAAUGGUCACGCAAGAAGAUACUAUUUUUGUAUCUGGUAUGGAUCCUUCAAUUUCGGAAGAGGAAAUAUGUCAACAUUUUGGAGCCAUUGGUAUAAUCAAACAUGAUAAGCGGACCGGAAAACCUAAAGUGUGGAUGUACAAAGAUAAAAACACCGGUAAAUCAAAGGGCGAAGCUACUGUGACUUAUGAUGAUCAAAAUGCUGCGCGUUCUGCGAUAGACUGGUUCGAUGGAAAGGAAUUUAAAGGACGUACUAUAAAAGUACAAAUUGCUCAGCAUAAAAGCAAUUGGCAGGGUAACCGUAGUGGUGGAAGUCGUGGUGGCGGCGGUCGAGGUCGGGGAGGCGGUGGUUUUGGAAGCCGCGGCGGUGGCGGUGACAGAGAUGAUCAUCAUCGUGGUGGUGGUGGUGGCGGUGGCGGUGGUGGUGGUGGUGACGGCGGCGGCGGUAGGUGUCCCAAUCCAGAAUGUGGUAACACAAACUUUGCAUGGAGGGAUCAAUGUAAUCUCUGUAAAAGUCUAAAACCAGAAGGUGCUGGCGGUAGUAGUGGUGGUGGAAGGGGUAAUCGUGGCGGUGAUCGUGGUGGUCGAGGAGGUUUCAGGAACGACAGAGGCGGCCGUGGAGGUGACAGAGGUGGUCGAGGAGGUUUCCGUGGAGGCGAUAGGGGUGGAAGGGGCGGUCGAGGUGGUCCAAUGAGGGGAGGUGGCGGCCGUGGAGACAGAGACAGGGAUCGCCAGCGUCCUUAUUAAACAUAUUCGAAGAGUGAUUGUUAAAUCACUUGUUGACGUAUUGUACACAUUUUGUACACAAUCUCAACGUAUGUACAUUUGUCACAACACAGAAGUCAUGUGUUACACACUCCAUUAUCAUCGAUUUGUUUUCUCU